AACACCUGAACUGAAGGUCCCAAAAAUCACUACUCACUACAAAAGUUAGGGAGAAUCAGCAACUAUGGCAUCAGCAAUGUUAAAGAGAACAACAAUGAUAAAGUCUAUGUUUCAAACCCUGAGAUCCUAUGCUUCUAUUUCUGUAGGGACUGAUCUUACUGUAGCUGCACCUAAUGUUUCUUUACAAAAAGCUCGAUCUUGGGAUGAAGGUGUCUCCUCCAAAUUCUCUACUACCCCUCUCCAAGAUUUAUUCAAGGGUAAAAAAGUUGUAAUCUUUGGCCUUCCUGGGGCGUACACUGGAGUUUGUUCAAUGCAACAUGUACCUAGCUACAAGAAUAACAUUGAUAAGUUCAAGGCCAAAGGAAUCGACUCUGUGAUCUGUGUUGCUGUGAAUGAUCCGUAUGUUAUGAAUGGUUGGGCAGAAAAGCUACAAGCCAAAGAAGCUAUUGAGUUUUAUGGUGAUUUUGAUGGAAGCUUCCACAAGAGUUUGGACUUAACAAUUGAUCUCUCUGCUGCUUUGCUUGGACCUCGAUCUCAUAGGUGGUCGGCGUAUGUGGUUGAUGGGAAUGUUAAGGUUCUCAAUGUUGAAGAAGCUCCUUCUGACUUCAAGGUUUCUGGCGGAGAUGUUAUUUUGGGACAGAUCUAGAUUUGCUUCUAAUCGCCUUUUUGUCCUUCUGUCCAUUCUCGAAUAAGUUCUGCAUACAUCAUUACGUGAAGUUUUGUUGGGAUAAGAUGCACAAUUCCGAAAGCAGGGUUAAGACUUUGAAUCCGUUGUAUGGUUGAGUACUUGAGUCUUUAGUUAACUAUGUGAAUAUUUAUUUUCAUUUUUCAUAUUAGCAACUCAAUAAUCAUAACAAGAUGAGCAAUAUUUGAAUUUGGUUUGGGAGUGCAUAA